GAAGGCUACAGAUGCCACCAGCAGGAUGAGCUACAGUCAGAGUACUUUGAUGUGAAUGUUUCUUUCCACAGCACCAUCCUUUAUCACCAAGCAGUAGAAUCCAUUGAUGGCACGACAAGCACAGAAAAUGAUCCACAUAUUGUCAGGGAGCACCUGUUUGUGAUCUCAUUAGGAUGAUACCCAGGACUACCACUCAGUGCACAACGCUCAGGAAUUGAUAGUAGGAUAUCUUCCAAAUCAGUUGCAGCUUAAAACAAGACGUUGUGGGAGCGUAUAUUUGGGCGUGGUCGUACUACAGGCAUGAUACUUUGAACAUGCCUUAUGGCAGCUAAAAACUGUCACCAUGUCUUACCAGAGAAGAUUACAUCCUUUACUCCACUUGUUUGCUGAACCACACAGCUGAUGUCCCAAUCCACAACAAAAAUAGCAUCAUUUCAUGACAAUGUUUGAAAAUAUGCACAUCUUCAAAUUAUGCAGACAUGCUUGAAGCCAUAUUGUAACAUAGGACAUAAGUGGUUACAGCCCGGAGAGUAAAAUUUAUCUCAGAUCCACAAGGAUUAAUAAGAGAGUAACACAUUGCAAACUGCUAUAGGGUAGCACUGUUUACAGGAACAUUGGUAACUAUUAACAUUUGAUAUACUAAAAUGUUCAAUAUUGCUUGAGAAAUUUAUAAUUGGGCGGACCUCUGAGAAAACAAAAACGUUCCAAAAAAAAAUUAAAUUUUUUUUGCGAUGUUGGUCGUUUGAACCAUGUUUUAUAUUAUUAUUUUUUACAGCUUUUGGGGACAAUUUGGGGAAAGAUAACACAAGCCCCAGACCCACAUGAUUCACAUGGGCCAUCAACUGCUUUAUCUGCUAAACGAACCAGCCUACGACAUCCAAACCGUUCACAUCUGUACUGAAGAUGUGAAGGAGCUUAUGACCACCCAAGCCAAAGAAGAAUAUCAGAAAAGCUUCAAAACCAAUGCGUUCAUGGCGGUCUUCACCACAGCCCAUGCUCGAUUAAACCUCUAUGAAGCCCUGGAGACCUAGCAGGAACGUGUGCUGUAUUAUGAUAGACUAUGUGGUGUAUCGCUGGCGCCCAGGUCAGUUGGAGAUCCCUUGAGCAACUUCCUUGGCCAGUUUACAGAUGAGACAGACGAAGGUCCAGUCAUAAAGUUUGCGAGCAGUGGAGCAAAGAAUUGUGGCUAUCUGACCCGUGGUGGAAAGACCGAAUGUAAG